AGAGCUUAGAAGGUCGAGCCAAAGUUUAGCAACAUUUUUUUUACCUUUUUGUUGUUUUUGUAAAAAUUACUUGGAAUGAAAAUGUGAUAACCAUUUAAUUAGAAAAGUGAAUCAUCAGAAUUUGGGACAAAGGUGGGUGUUGGAGCUCCGCUCCCGCAGGUUGGAUUAGGAGGUGUGACGUAGCGGAGCUGGAGACCAACAAAAAGCUGAGGAGAGGAGCUCCGUGGAUCAGUGGAGGAGAUCCGAACCUCAGCUGAACACCCACCAGGUCAAACCGAAGGGCUGUUCGGACAGUCACUCCCAGAAUGACGCACCAGUUCCCAGCACUCUCCGAGGUCCAGAAGAAGGAGCUCCAUGAGAUCGCUUUACGCAUCAUUUCUCCAGGGAAAGGGAUCCUGGCUGCAGACGAGUCCGUAGGCAGCAUGGCAAAGAGGCUUGCCCAGGUUGGAGUGGAGAACACGGAGGAAAACCGCAGACAGUACCGCCAGAUCCUGUUUAGUGCCGACGAUCGCAUCAACAGCUGCAUCGGAGGAGUCAUCUUCUUCCACGAGACUCUGUACCAGCACUCUGAUAAAGGCGUUCCCUUUGUUAAACUGAUCAGGGACAGGGGCGUCCUGAUCGGUGUCAAGGUGGACAAAGGAGUGGUUCCUCUGGCAGGAACGUGUGGAGAAACCACCACACAGGGUCUGGACGGACUGGCUGAGCGCUGUGUUCAGUAUAAAAAGGACGGCGCGGUGUUUGCAAAGUGGCGCUGUGUGCUCAAAAUCAGCGACGCCAAUCCAUCCAAACUGGCCAUCUCAGAAAAUGCCAACGUCCUCGCUCGCUACUCCAGCAUCUGCCAGCAGCAUGGUAUUGUGCCCAUCAUUGAGCCGGAGAUCUUGCCUGAUGGCGAUCAUGACCUGAAACGAUGCCAGUACGUCACUGAAAAGGUCCUGUCUGCGGUGUACAAGGCCAUGGCAGACCACCACGUCUACCUAGAAGGUUCUCUCCUCAAGCCCAACAUGGUCACUCCUGGCCAUAGCUGCAUUACCAAAUACAGUCCAGAGGAGGUUGCUAUGGCAACAGUCACAGCCAUACGUCGCACUGUUCCCCCAGCUGUCCCCGGAAUUGCUUUCCUCUCAGGGGGCCAGGGCGAAGAAGAGGCCUCUGUCCAUCUCAACGCCAUCAACAACUGUCCCCUGGCCAAACCCUGGAUCUUGACCUUCUCCUUUGGUCGAGCCCUGCAGGCAUCUGCCCUCAGAGCCUGGAGAGGACACAAGGAGAAUGAGAAAACCGCCACAGAGCAGUUUAUCAAGCGAGCAGAGGUGAACGGUCUGGCAUGUCAGGGGAAAUACACCGGCGCCGAUAACUACGGCGAUGCUGGCCAACGCGUCUACGGUUCCCACCAUGCAUAUUAAGAGUUUGAUUCCUCAAUCAAUGAAGUCACAGAUGAAUGGCACUCUAGAUGACCUCAGAAUAGUCACAUGCAUGGCGAUGAUUUAAAGCAGGUUUGAUCAUCCUGACAAAUAAAGAUAGUCUGGAAAUACCCUUUGAUGUUUAAUUUACAGAACAAAUGAUGCUUGCUUUACUGGAAUCAUAAGAGCACAGUUCAUUUAUUCAGUGACGCAGCGACUAAAGCCUCACACUAAUGUUUGCUGUGCCGUAUGCUAAUUCGGCCGCAGCAAUGAUCCUAACAUUAAAAUAAAUGUUAAAUAAAUCUGUUCUUCAUCGCCGUGCGUGAGGAAGUUGUCCUCGGUGUGUGUGAGAGAAUUAAUUUGCUCAUAGUUUUAAUUAAUAAUAAUUAACAUGCCUGGACAGAAUCUGUCGCUGCACAUCAGCUCAACAGAAUGUGUGAUGUUGUUUUUCUCAGCAUUUUCUGUGUAAUGGUCUAACAGUGUUGGAAUAAAACAAGUGAUUAAC